AACUAGGCGGUGCGGUGCGGUGCGGUGCUGCUGGGAGGCGGCGAAGGGAUCCCGCCCUGCCCCUGCCCCGAGCCAUCGACGCCGCUUCCCCUUCUCACUCUGCCGGAGAUGUCGGGCUGGGGCAGCCGGAGGAGAACCGGCUCCUCCUGGCACAGCAGCUUCUCCAGGUUCUUCACCAAGAGCCCUCCCCGGGCCAAGGAGGAGCAGGAGGAAGGGGACAGGGCGCACCUCCAGGAGCCGGCCACGCACAGCUUUGCAAAUAAGGAAGAUGAAUCCAUCAGUGCGAAAAGUGAUAAAAAGGAAAGAACACUUCUCCCUGAGCAGUUAAAGAUUUCUCAAAAUGCAGAGAAGAACCACUCCAUGGAAGAUCUAAGCAACUCUAUUAUCACGGAAGAAUUAAAAAAGGCUAAUAGCCUUCCCAGUUUGGCUCCUGGCCGCAAAACAGCAGAUCGUGACAGACAGCCCAAAGAAGGCUUUUUCCAGUUCCUUGGAAGCUUAUUUAAUAUUGGAUCAAAAUCUUCUUUGGGAGAAUCUAAACAGUCUGCGCUCCGAGAUGGACACAACAGACCUGGAAAGGAUUUGCAGAACCCAACUGCUCUUCAGGAAGAUGGGAUCACAAAGCAUCGGAAAACUGAAAUAUUUGUCAUUUCCACUGCUGGAACAGAAGAGGUAGCAGUGCCUAAAGAAGAGCCUGCCUUGGUUAAUAUCAGGGAGGUUGGCUCUCAGGAUUUACAGAGAGGACAGGAGCAAGCUGCUGAUGCACUAAUGCAAACUGAAUGUAAGCCAGAUGCACCAGCAGUUACUUAUGCAACAUAUCGGGGUUCUGUACGGAUUAAGCAGCUACUAAAGAAACAAGCAGAGGAGGCACUAAGAAGAGAAGAAAAUACUGAAGGCAAACAUAUUUUCACUGUGACUGGAAAUGGAGAAGUCCAAUCUGCUAUCCUUCCAAACUCACCAUCUAAUGUAAGAGUAGAAAUUACAGGACACCCAUCAAAAGAGAAUCAAAAGGAUGAUGCUAGAAAUGGCAAGGAAAAUGUUAAAGCAAACCUCUCUGCAGUUAAAAUGGAACUGAAAAAAACAGAUGUUGCUAAAGAUAUCUUAGAUAGCAGUGAACAUGGAAUAAUUGAAAACACCCCUGCCUCAUCCACUGAAACAAACUCCAACAGCAAUCACAUUGGAGAACUAGACUUGUUUAUUUCCUUAAAUCAUGCACCAGUUUCUGAUACACCAGAAGUGAAUAGAACUCAUUUUCUAGACUCAGUAUUGUCAGUCAGAGACAACAGUAGUUCCAAUUACCAGAUUAUGGAUUCUGUUAAAACAAAUUCUGGAAAUAACAGAUUGGCUGAAAAGAGGGAGAGAACGUUAGAAGAAACAGAAGCUCAGUUUCAAUCAGAUAAUAAUGCCACUUUUAGCUUUGAUAAAGAAAUAAAUUCUUGUGUUCAAGUAUCUCAUGAAGACUCUCAGGAGACAAUGCAAAAUGAUUGUGUGAGUUCAUCCAAAACAAAGAAAGGGGCAGUUGAUAAACUACCACCAUUGGUAGAUGGUCAAUAUGCCUGUAAUAGUCAUAUUGGUAGUCAGUUGGAGCUAAAGUUGGAUGCCCAGAUGUCCCCCUUUAGUAGCAAUGCAUUUCAACAUCAGGCAGAUAAGUGUAUAGAAAAUGCAAAUAAAGAUAAUCGUCCAAGGAUGGAUGAUUCACAAAAAUAUGUGGUGGCUGAAGAAAGGGAGCAAGAAGCACAAACCUUUCUAGCUAGUGUUCAUUUUCCUUUAAAUCAAGCAUGUACUGAAAAAUUAUCGGAGGUUGUGAAGGACAUAAAAUUUUGUGGAGUCAAUAAAUUGAUGGUAAUAGACAGUCUGCCCGCUUCAGUGCCAUCUGCCAAAAUUGUUCGAGAUACUGGCAUGGACAUAGUAAACAGUCCAGAUAUUAAACAGUUUAAUGAGUCAGGGAAACCAACACAUGCCCAGAAUGAUCCCUCAGUAACUCUUGAGGGUGAAUCUAAGGAUAUCAAUACAGAGAACACUUCCGUACCUUUCCUUGAAUCUGAAGAUGUUGAAACUGCUAAGGUUUCAUCUAAGUCUUCAGAGGUAAAUGUUGCUGGCAUAUCUCCAUCAGCCCUUGAAUGUGGAAGUGUGAAGUCCCAUAUGCCACCUCCUGUCUUAGAAUCUGAAGGUGCCUGCCUUAGCAAAGCUAUAACACCUGUCCGUAUCACCAAGAUUUCUCCUCCAGUCCUUAAAGUUGAAGAUGGUAGCUUGGCUAAUAUUGCUCCUCCUAUCCACAGAUCUGAAGAUGAAACCAUGGCCAAAAAAGCAACCAACUUACAAGAUGUUAAAAAAAUCAACAUUUCUCCCCCUGACCGUGUGCAUGAAAAUAGCAAGCCUCUUAAAUCUGAAGGGAUGACCCUCCCCAACAACGUAGAUCCUGCCAGGGUGCCCAACCUUACUACUCCUUCCCUUAAAAUUGGUGAAGUCUUUGUAUCCAAAACAUCAGUUUUAUCCACAGACGGUAACAGGUCAAAGAAUACUUCUCAGACCUAUGAAACCAGAGAUAACAGGGUAGAGGAGAUUGUUCCUAAAACUGUGAAUGCCAAUAUGACUAAUAUUUCUCCUCCUCCCUCUCAGUCUAAAGAAAUCUGCUUCUCUAAGCUUUCCUCGCCUGCUCUUAAAUCAGAAGUGAAUACCUUUUUUGAGGUUCCUCGUUCUCCCCUGGGAUCUGGAAAAGAUGCUUUGACCAAUCAUUCUUCUUCUGUCUUUGAAAAGGGUGUUGGUUUGGAGAUUAUUUCAGUGACUAGACCUAAUUCUGAAGAUAGCAAUCUGGUGAUGAUUUCUGCUAAACAGGAAAACAGUAACAAGUCUAAGACGGCACCUGCCAUACUUAAUUCUGUAGACUUCAGCCAGUGCAAAAUACCUUCUUCUGCUUCUAAAUCCGAAAAUGUUAGAAUUGCCAAAUUAUCGGUUACAUCUGACAAGGUCAGUGACUCCAAAUGUGCUUUUCUUGAAGGCGAUACACCUAAGAUGGUGGCUUCUUUCUUGGAAAAUCGAGAUGUCAGUGCAUCUACAAUUAUUUCUCCUGUGCAUGAAAAUACAGAUGUCAGUAUGACUCAGAUUUCACCUUGCUCUGAAGACAUCAAUGCUAAGCGUACAUCUUUUCCCCUGGAAUCUGAUGUCAUUUUAGCUGAAAGUGACUGUCCUCCUAACUCAGAGGAUGUUUGCAUUCCCAAGCUUGCUUCUCCUACUCUGAAGUCUAAAGAAAUCUCCAAGCUUUGUCGUUCUGCUCUUGAAACAGCAGAUGUCUUGGACAGUAUUAAUUUCCCUAUUGUUGAGUAUGAAGUUUUUAAAAAAGGCAAAAUUUCCUCCAGACUUAGAGUUAGUGAUGAGACUGAUUAUGUACCUCCAGAUGUACCUCCUGCCCAAAAGCUUGAAGAUGCCUGGUUAACCAAAUCCAUAACAUCAACUACCUGUCCGUUGGAACUUGUGGAAGUGAGUUCUAGUAUAGACUAUAGUAAGGAUGUGCACAGAACUCCUACAGAGCAAGUAAAUCUUUGUGACCAUAUUCCUGCAAUGAGAAAAAAACGAGCUAAAGUGAAUGAUCACACAGCUUCGUUUACAAAAUCAAGCAACAUCUGUUCUCAGAAAACAUGGGUAGAUAUGGAAACAGGAAAGCAAGUGCACAUUGAAUCCCAAGACACUGCUCUAUUUAAAAAAGCUGAAGAAAUCGUUGAUGCGGUUUUACACUUGGCCAUAGAAGAAAUAAGAUCAAAACAAGCAGCUGGUGUCUAUCAGCCUUGUGGCAACAAGGACAGUUUAACAAAGCUGGAUAUCCUAAAAGAACAGAAAACUGGAAAGAUACAGUUGGAAGCAAAAGUAAAACAUUUUAAUGAGAGCUAUGCAGGAAGCUCCUCUGAAGUUAAAGGAAAGGAGACAGUUGCUACAAAUACUCAGGCUGAAAAGAUACCAUUUAACAUCACUCAUAAAACUGACCUACAUAGUUCAAUAUCACUAAAAGCAAAAGAAAUAAUUGAUGAAGUUAUUAACUCAGCCAAACAAAAACUGAUGUUUAAUCAGCUUGAAAACAAUGAGAGCAGGAGCCCUUCUAAAAAUGUUGUGCUUAAACAUAAGACUGGAUUCUCAAAGACUCUAAACACUGAUGUUCAAUUAGCUGCCAAAACUCAAGAAAUAAUCAAAGAACCUUUGGGUUUAAACCAAAUAGGCAAGGAAUUGACCCAGAAUGUUGCUAGGGACUGUGAAAAAGCAGACUGUUCAGUUCCUUUAGUUCUAAACAGUGUAGAAGGCAGCACAGAUUUGACCAUAGGAGGAGAAACAGUACCAAAUAAUGUACUUUCACAUCAAAGAAAUGGACUUCUACAUUCUGAUGAUUUAGCAAGUCUGGAAUCUGACCUUGCAAUAAUAGCAAAAGAUGAAUGCUCUAAAACUGUCUAUGAUAGUACAGUUAUGACAGAAAUUGGUGAUAAAACUAGCAUUUGGACAGCUAGCAAUAAAUCUGAGGAGACUUUACAUGUAUUAAAUGGAGAUACUGUUAUGAUUGAAGAGAGGAUGCCACCAUUACAGUUAAAAGAUUUGUGCAAUAAUACAAAUGUGCCAGAACAUAUAUCAAUGCCAACCUUGACUUUUAAUUCAUCAUCUUUCCUGCAUGAUGAAGACUAUACCAGCAUACCUAGCAAAUCCAAAGAUGAAAGUAGUCUUUCAGGUUUAGACAAAAGUUGUACAGGUAAAUGUUUGCCAGAACUUUGUUGCAAGGAGGAUUCUGUGUUUGUACAGGAAAAAGCAAACCCAAAAGAUUCACAAGCCUACAGUGAAGAAGGCAGUGGAAAAACAGAGGAAGCAAAUGAGAUACCGCAGGAUAAAAACAGAUUAAACACACAGUUCAUUGUGUCUGAAUCAUCUGUAACUGUUAAGGACAUUGAAGGGAAAAGUUUCAACUCAGAUUUUGCCAAUAAAGAUGAGACUCUGAAAUCAACACUGAUGAUGGAUCAAGAUUUACAAAGAGAGAACGCACUUGACGAGAAGAGUCUGAAUAAUAAUAAUGAUACAGAGGAACUGACAAAUCUCUUAGCCUUUUCUCCACAAGAUGAACAGUGGGAAAGCAAUUCUUUAUUUACCGUAUUGUAUGAAGGCUCCCCUCAAGAUGAGAACCAGUUUGUUUCAACUGACAAAAAGCAAGCUCACUCCAUCUCUCCUCCUGACCUAUCCAUGGAUAAUAUUGAACAUCUUUUGAUGUUCGAAACAGCAAAGAGCAAAUAUGAGCCUGUCGAUGCUUAUGAAAAGGACAACAAAUUAAAUGAAACAUUAGAUAACUGCAGCUCGGAAUCAUUUAUGACAGUUGAGGCUAAGCGGUUUAAAAUUUACCCGUUCUCUUUGUCUCCUAUAUAUGAAGAUGACAGCCCACAAGAAGACCAGCUGUCUAUUGAUGUCUCACCAGGAGACUAUUCUAAUGGAGAAUCUAAAGACAAUGCCAACCACUCCUCAUCCGUCUUGUCACUUCUUCAGUCUGUUUCUGAGCGUUUGAAAUUUAGUAAUCAGUUCAGUGAGGAGGAUGAGGAGGAAUCUUAUGAAGAAAACAUGGUGGAUGUUCAGAAAGAAGACUCUAUUAUGAACUUGUUGGUAGGCAGCUCAAACAUGGUGCUUCUAGAAAAUGACCAAGAAAGGGCUCCACUUUCCAAACAGUCACUCAUAUAUUCAAAAGAACCGCUUAGCUCUAGGCAGCAAUCAGAGCCAUUUCCAGAAGAAGCAUGUCUUCUUCCUAAUCCGACACAUUCUGCUCAGUUUCAACAGAAAGCUGAUGCUGCCAUGAAACCUCUCUCUAGGAGUGUGUAUUACCAGUAUUUUCAGACAGCCAGCAAUUAUUCGUGUGAGAAGGGAGCCAGAUUUGGAAGUGCCCUUCAGGAUGGAUUAUUGCCAAGGGGUCAUAAGCCUCAAGACAACAAUUUGCCAGAAUCAGGAGCUUUUCCAGUGAAUCUUAUUGACAGGAAAAGCCUCAAAUGCAAUCCAAGACCAGGAAAAAUGAUUAUUUAUGACAUUCCUGGGGAGAAAAGUAAACGAGAAAUAUACCAUGAUCUAUCAGAUGCCACAUCCUGGAUCUUUCCAAUAGGAACAUUGCUUAGAAUUAUUAGAGGAUGCUGGAUUUUGUAUGAAAAACCAAAAUUCCAAGGAGAGAAAUAUGUGCUAGAAGAAGGAGAAAUGGUCCUGAAUAGUCUUUGGAAUCUUCGGGACAUGAAACGCCAUCCAGGGAACCUUGCAGUUGGUUCUAUCAGACACGUAACAAAGGAUUGCAGCAUUCCAGAAAUAGAGUUUUGCCCGCAAGCUGGAACAGAGGGGUUUCCUGUCUGCAUACAGAGUGCAGUUGCCAAUUUAGAAGAACUGGAUGUUAAAAGCACCUUUUACAUCAUUGUCAAGUCAGGAGUAUGGCUUGCCUAUUCAGACCCUAAUUACAAAGGAGAUAUGUUAGUUUUGGAAGAAGGCAACUUACCCUCUGAAAUUUCUGCAGCAGAUGUGAAAUCUCUGCGUCCCCUAAAAAUGGGUGGACUAAAGGUACAAAUGCCUAUGAAUGUUACGAUAGUAAUAUAUGAGAAAAAAGAUUUUGGAGGAUGGGCCAAAGAGCUUUCUGGAAACAUUGAUGCUGUCCCAGCACUCUUUAGAAGUGAUGAGGAUUUCCAGGGAAUUGGAUCAAUACGUGUCAUUGGUGGAGUAUGGGUUGCAUAUGAAAAGGAAUGCUAUAAAGGCCGUCAGUACUUGCUGGAGGAGGGAGAUUAUGAAGAUGUGCACUCAUAUGGGGGAAUUAGCAGUGCCCUGUUGUCUUUUCGGUUCCUACAGGCUGAUUUCAUCGAGUCAUCAGUCAUGCUUUUUGAGUCAGAUGAAGAAGAUGGGAACGUCAUGGUCAAUCAAGAUAUUCCUGAUUUGGAGCAGGCUGGGUUUGGCCAGGAGAUGAGAUCAAUUCAUGUGAAAAGUGGAGUGUGGGUUGCAUAUCAGCAGAAAUAUUUCUGUGGAGAACAAUAUAUACUGGAAAAAGGAAAAUAUAAAUGCUUUUUAGACUGGGGAGGAUCCAGUGAAACCAUCAUGUCAAUUCGUCCCAUUAAGUUGGAACCACUUGGAAAAAAUGAGCCUCCACAUUUGCUCAAAGCUUUCAGUAACACACAUUUCCAAGGAGAAUGUGUAGAUUUCACAGCAGAAGUUUCUGAUUUUACAUCAUUCAUACCAUGUUCUUUUAAGGUUCUUCGGGGAUGUUGGCUCCUGUUUUACCAAGGGGAAAUUGCUGAUAAUCAUUGUGUGCUGGAAGAAGGCCUCUACACUGACCUCACUUCCUGUGGUUGUCCAACAGCAGUACUCAAAUCCUUCAAGCCUGUGGAAUAUGUUUUUGCUGAGCCGUCCAUCAGUCUGUUUGCACUGGAAUGUUGCGAGGGCAGAGAGUUGCACUUCAAAGAAGCUGUCAAUUCUGUUCUAAACAAGGACCUUCACUUUUACACCCAGUCCGUAUGGGUGAGAAGCGGAUUGUGGAUUGCAUACGAAGGAGGAAAUUUCUCAGGAAAACAAAUUCUGCUAGAACCCAGCAAGAUUUCAAACUGGACUGAAUUCAGUGGCUGGAGCGUAAUUGGCUCCCUUCGUCCUAUAAAGCAGCCAGCAGUUUACUUCAGAAUAAAGAACCGAGCCCAGGAUAAAUACUUGACAGUCACUGGAAACCUAUCAGAUGCAAGAGCUACUUCAGUGUGUGUUUCUCCAUACGAUGGCAAGAAUGCCCAAAUCUGGCACUACUGUCAUGGACUCUUCAAACCCAAGGCUAUUGCUGCAUGUCUUGAUAUUGUCAGUGGCAGAGACCUACCUGGAGCUAAAGUAGCACUGUGGACAGAACAUGGAAAGGCUAGGCAGAAGUGGAGGCUCAAUGAGGAUGGAACCAUCAGUUCAUACCUCAGUGACCAACUGGUUCUCGAUGUCAAAGGAGGAAAUUAUUAUGACAAGAACUAUGUAAUUGUCAAUCAUCCCCUGGAGAGUGAAUUCUCACAGAAAUGGGACAUUGAACUAUUGUGAGUAAAACCACUACAAAGAUCCUGGAAAUAUGGACCUAAGUGUGUUAUGAACACUGUAUUUGAGAGAAGGAACUACUGAAGUCACAUGCCACUGGAAUGUUACUCAGCAAGUCCACUCUACGUCUUCCUGUUAAACACUGACUCCCAAACAACUGAAUUUUGCACAUUGGCAAGGUGAGGUUAAUGUAAUGUUAUUUUCCUAAUAUUCACACAUGACUCCAUGUUGAGGUCUUCCUCUUCUUAAGGCACCAUUUAAGCUUAUGUUCCUUUAAGAUUCACUAGUCCUGUUAAUCUUUAAGUGAAGGCAAAGAUAUGAUACAGUAGCAAAAACUUGGCAGUUUAUUUCUAAAUUGCCUUUCCUGUGUGAUCUGUUAGGGUAUAAUAUGAACUAGACUUUCCUUUCUCCUCAAAAGUUAACGGAGAUGUUCUGGUGAUUUAGGAUCACCUGUGUAAAAUUAAGCCCUUAUCUUAAGAAGUACUGCAUUAAACCAUAAUAGGCCAGGUGCCAGCCCAUGAGUCAGGGUAGAAAGUAGACUUUCAUAUACAGGUAGAGAGUCGUACAUGCAAAUAUAGACUGGAUCAGGCUAACUUUCUAGAAGGCCUUGCUGAGUAUAGAGGUUAAAUACAUUUUGGUCUUAAAACCACAGUAUAGUCAAUAGCACCUUUACAAAACAAAUCUAUCUUGUAUGUGUGCUAAUUAAUACCUUGUGCUGCGGCAAGGUUAAAGAAGCAACCUGAUGCAUGCUAACUUCCGUGAGGCUCAUCAGCAUUGUGUACCUCAGCUGAAGCAAUUGCUUAUUCUUUAGGAAAAGACCUGAAGAUGCUAGUGACUUCCAGAAGCACAACUUUCAGUGAAAUUUCAAUGCUAUGCAACAUUUUUUUCAGUUAAUAAAACAUAUUUGCAUUUCAUUUCUAAGGGAAAAGUGUUAACUAUUUAUGUGAGGCAGAUUGUAUUAAAAGGGCUCCAUGGUUUUUGGUUUAUUCUUUCACCCACUGGAGAAAAGUGUUUAAAAUUUUCAUUAUGAAGUUCCCCCAGAAUUGGGGUCUUCCCUAAAGGCAGUUCAAUAUGUAAUGCUUUCUAAGUGAGGAAUCUUCUCUGGCUCCUGUAGUUUUUGUAUUGAUUAUUAAACUCUGAAAGGAGGAGUACAGAUUAGCUAAACCAAAACAUGAACGAUUGUAUUGUUUCCUAUAGCUAUUAUGUUAAUGUCUCAUCCUAAAGCCAAAAAAAGUCAAUUUUUUCCCACAGAAAAGUGAAACAUGUGUAAGAUUAUUUUUGUAUGAGGGGGAAUUCUAGAGUGAUAUAUUUUGAAUACCUGUACCUCCUUGCACUUAUUUACUUUUACAUUCUAAAAGCCAAAAUCAAAUACAGAUCUGUAAGUUACUAGGUUUGUGACUGUAUAUAUUUUCUCAUUGAAGCACUUGUGUAGAUUUUUCUAUGAAAGUCUGUCAGUAUACCACAUACGUUUUUUAAAUAUGAUUUGCGCUUUCUAGUUGUAAUAUAAUCCCUUUUCCCUCAAAACAAUGAAUAGAUCAUACCUGGUGUAUCAGUGUUAUAUAAUAAAGUAAAGCAUGUAUAUUUUAAUUGUAAAAACUUCUGGAGGAUUCUUUAGCUUGUAGUAUUUCGUACUGUGUAAAUGCAAUAAUUUUUGUUUUUACCUAAGACGGUAAGGCACAAAAAUAACUGAGGAGUGCUUUCCUUCCCCAGAACACCAGUUUAUAGCAUUUAAACAAAUGGCAUAUCUACACUGACUGACACCUUUCU